UCUCUCUAUCCUACUUCCAUCAUCAUCACCAGCACCACCACAACAACAACCCCCUUUCCACUUUCUGUUGAAACACAAUAUCUGGAUCCUACCGUUAUCAACCAUUCAUUAUGGGUAAAAAGGCAAUCCAGUUUGGCGGUGGAAACAUUGGCCGUGGCUUUGUGGCUGAGUUCCUCCACGCUGCCGACUAUGAAGUCGUCUUCAUUGAUGUCAUGGAUAGCGUCAUCAACUCUUUGCAGCAGACCCCGUCGUACGAUGUCACGGAGGUCAGCGAAGAGGGUGAAAGCACCAAGACUAUCACCAACUAUCGCGCUAUCAACUCUAAGACGCAUGAGGCCGACGUCGUUCAGGAGAUCGCAUCGGCAGAUGUGGUUACCUGUGCUGUCGGUCCCAACAUCCUGAAGUUCAUCGCGCCAGUCAUUGCCAAGGGUAUUGAUGCGCGCACCGAAAAGAAGCCCGUGGCUGUGAUCGCCUGUGAGAACGCUAUCGGUGCUACAGAUACCUUGCACGGCUAUAUCAAGCAGCACACUAACCCUGACCGUCUGGAGACCCUCUCCGAGCGUGCCCGCUUUGCCAACUCGGCUAUCGACCGCAUCGUCCCUAACCAGCCCCCGAACAGUGGUCUCAAUGUUCGCAUCGAGAAGUUCUACGAGUGGGCCGUGGAAAAGACUCCUUUUGGCGAAUGGGGUCAUCCCGACAUUCCUGCCAUCCACUGGGUGGACCACCUCGAACCUUACAUCGAACGCAAGCUCUUCACCGUCAACACUGGUCAUGCUACCACGGCCUAUUAUGCUCACAAGCUUGGCAAGAAGAUGAUCGCUGAGGCCCUCGAAGACCCAGAGAUUCGCGAGACUGUGCACAAGGUGCUUGAGGAGACCGCUUCUCUCAUUGUAUCCAAGCAUGAGAUCUCAGAGCAGGAACAGAAGGAAUACGUUGACAAGAUCGUCAGCCGUAUCUCCAACCCCUAUCUCGAAGACAACGUUGAGCGUGUAGGACGUGCUCCUCUCCGCAAACUGUCUCGCAAGGAACGAUUCAUUGGACCUGCUUCGCAGCUCGCAGAGCGCGGCCAGAAGUUCGAUGCUCUGCUGGGCGCCAUCGAGAUGGCUCUUCGCUUCCAGAACGUCCCAGGCGACGAGGAGAGUUCCGAGCUUGCUCGCAUUCUGAAGGAGAACUCGGCCAAGGACGCCACCUCUCAGCUUACCGGAUUGGAGAAGGACCACCCACUCUAUUCUCAUGUGGUAGAGCGUGUGUCCAUGGUCCAACAAGGUGCCAAAUAAGCGAUGUGAUUCCCGCUCGUUUCACACAUCACUAUACUCCUUUUUAUUACCAGAAAACGAAGGGUCCCGAGUCCAUCACAUAUAUGGAUCGCCCGAGGGAUUUUGAUAUGAUAUCAAACUGUUCUGUCCGCUGGCCGGGCAUGAACUGCAUGGGAUACGGCGAACAUAUGGACGGCGCGAAUGGAAGCAUUCA